AUGCAAGCGAAGAAGUUCAGAUAUAAUGUUAUUAAGGACGCAUUUGCAAAUUCUCAAUCCAGUUUGACUAUUGAAGAGAUCGAAUGCGAACGGCGAGGAUACAAACUCACAAAAACUAUACUUGGCUCUGGAGCUUAUGCAAAGGUUAAAAUGGCAUAUGUAUUGGAAAGCAAGCAAGAAAAGGAUAAACGGCUUGCAGAGGAUUUACACAUAAAAGGACACAACAUUGUCGCCAUCAAAAUUGUUUCAAAGCGUCAAGCUCCUCAUGAAUACCUACAGAAAUUCAUGCCAAGAGAGAUAGAUGCUCUGAAUGCAACAUGUCGACAUUACAAUGUGAUUCAGUUAUAUGAAACUUUCUACUCAAGCGACAAGAUCUAUCUAGUUAUGGAGUACGCUUCAAAGGGAGAUCUUUUGGAUUAUAUUAACUCGCGUUGCCGCCGUUGUGUCGGAAUAGGAGAAGAGCUCUCAAGGAACUUCUUCCGUCAGCUAGUUGAAGGGGUUUCUCAUUGUCAUCGUCGAAAUGUUGUUCAUCGGGAUCUAAAAUGUGAAAACAUCUUGAUCGACGACAACAACGUUAUCAAGAUUUCAGACUUUGGGUUUGCAACAAGAUCGCCAAGUAACAAAACAAAGUAUUUGGAAACGUUUUGCGGUUCGUAUGCAUAUGCAGCUCCAGAAAUACUACARGCUCAAAAAUACGACGGGAAAGCUGCUGACGUGUGGAGUUUGGGCGUGAUCCUUUACGCUAUGCUGUGCGGAAAGCUCCCUUUCAAUGACAAUUGCAGUUUGCAUUCGCUUGUUGUCCAAACAAGAACAAAAGUCAGCUUUCCGGUUCGUGGCGCUUGUUCUCAAGAGUGCCAGCAUCUUGUCAGAUCUAUCCUACGAUUUGAUCCUUUCGAAAGAUUGACUCUUAACAGAAUCCUUGUCGAUACGUGGCUCAAUGAUGGCAAGUCUGAGAGUCCGAUAAUAAAACUCCCGCGAGGGACUCCCGUGCGUGUGUUGACMCCAUCUGUAGAAUCCUGGAAACAAGCUAAGCCGGUAGCAAAAUCCAUACCAACCAAAGAA